AAAAAAGUAUUAUUUUUAAUUGAACAAUUACGUGAUGCUGCUGACACUACUCGUUUGUUUAUGUUUAUAGAUUAUCCCAGAUUGGCCCAAAUUAUUGCCGCAACAUAAAUCGUUUAUUGUUAUUAAUUUUGGAAACUGAUAUUAGAAUCCAUUUAAUUAUGGAAUCUUACGAAGAACUAUUGAUGCAAGCAGUAGAAGAAAACGAUAUAAAUUGUGUUAAGUUUUGUUUAGCAAAAGGUGCAAAUCCAAAUAAAAUAUGUUCUGUUGGGAUGACCCCUAUUGGAGCAGCUGCUCAGAAUGGUAAUCUAAUGAUUUUAAAAUUUUUAACGGAAAGUCAAAGAUCUGCAUUAAAUAAAAGUAUUAGAAAUGAAAAUGCUGCAUUGCAUCUUGAUUUGGACAACAGCAGGAAAAUGAAGAACAUUGGCUAUUAUGUAGUUUGUGAUGAUUUAGAUAAUUUAGACUUUGAUAAUGGACCUACCCCUGAAGGUAUGGAUGCUCUUGAGUGGGACAUGGAAGUAACAGAAGAAAACACUGAAGAAUUAGCUUCCACACCUCCAGAAGCUAGAAUAUAUAAGUGGUAUGCUGACAUACUAAAUAGAACAGCUGUAGUUUUGCAGUCUCCUGAAAAUGACAUUGCCCGAUUGGAUAGGUAUGGUUUAAAUGCUUUACAUUAUGCAAUAAGUGAAGGGCAUUACGAUGUUGUUCAAUAUUUAUUAGAUAAUUUCAAAGAAAUUGGUGUUAAUCAGAGUGAUGCUAAUAUUGUCAGUCCCUUGCAAAUAGCUGUUAUUAAACAAGACAUUAAAAUGGUAAAAAUUUUACUGCAGAAAGGUGCAAACAUAAACUUUGCAAAUAGACAUAGAAAGACCUCUUUGCAUUUGGCUGCCCAAGAGGGUAACCUCGAACUGGUCCAAGUUCUAGUUGAAAACGGUGCAAACUUAAAUGCCCAGGAUAUUGAUGAAUGCACACCUUUAUCUGUGGCAAUAUUUUGUGAACAUGAAGUUAUAGCAAAAUACUUAAUCCAGAAGGGUACCCGAUUGAAUUGUGAAGAGAUGUGUGGACAUACAGUGCUGCACAGAGCGGUUUGGAAUAAUAUGACCAACACAGUUAAAACGCUUUUAGAAGCAGAGGCCAAAGUUAUACAGAGUCAUUAUUUAUUACACACAGCUGUUAGGAAUAAUAAUUUAGAAAUCGUAGAGGCUUUGCAUAAAUCAGGAGCUGCAGUAAAUGUUCGAGACGAACAGGGAAACACACCACUUAUUGUAGCUUGCACACAUCAAACUUUCGAGAUUGCCAAAUACUUAUUAAAAAAUGGUGCAUCUGCAAAUGUUAGGAAUGAAAUAAACAGUCUGACAGCUCUUCACAUUUGUGUCGAACAUAUUCACAAUAAAGACAUGUUCAGAAGGUUUUUAGAUUUACUUAUAUGUUAUGGUGCAGACAUUAAUUCGACGUGUUACAUGGGCAGCGUCUUUUUCUAUUCAAUUAUUGCAAAUGAGGCUGCUGCCUGUUUGUUGGUAAAAUAUGGAGCUAACGUAAAUUUAAAAGAAGAAAGGGCUGUUGUUGACUAUUUAUCAGCAGCCAAAAAGAAUCAACACAACAUACUAGUAAAGUUAAUAAUAUUAGCAGGGUUCAACUUUAAUAAUCUGCUAUUUGAUAUAAAAUUUUUAAAGACACAACCUGUAGACCCCUUGUAUGAUUAUAUAGUAUUUACAAAAUCAAAUCCUUUAAGUUUAAAGGAUAUUUGUAGGAUAAAGAUAAGAGGAGUUUUAGGAAGUAAUGUUAUCUUAAAAAUACAAAAGCUUCCUUUACCUACAGUUCUUUUACAAUUCUUAGCCUUUGAUGAUAUUUAUUAUUAGAGAAUGUUUAGCUUGCAAUACGUGAUAAUUUUAUUAUAUUGUUAUUUAGUUUCUGAAGACGGGGUAUUUUACGAAUUCGCACUUGUAAUAUUUGCAGUUCAAUUAUUAAAAAAAAGUCGCACUCUGA